AUGGCUCGCACCGGCUUCAUCGGCAAGGCUGCAGAAUCCAAGGUUGUUCGUUGCGUUGGUGGCAACCACUGGGUGUACCUGACCGAGCUUUCCCACUCCCAGCGUCAAAAGUAUCACAAUCUCAAAAAUGCGGGCCGGGCCACUCCUUGCAAUGCUCAGAUUUGCUGCCCUGAGCACGUCGACAUGGUUGACGGCAACGGCAAUAUCCGUCCGAAGGAUGGCGUCGAGUGCGACAUCUGCCAACGUGUGCUACCCCCUGAUGCUUUCAGCAAGUCAACCUUUAGGAGCGGCCAGCCGAUUUGCAAGGGCUGCCGUUCUGAUACUCAGAUCCCCCUUGAGGCCGCCGCUGUAGUUGCCGACCAUGAUGAGCGCAUGACCGAGGAACAAUUUUACUACCGCAACAGAUUCAUCCUUGGUAGUAAUGAAGUCUACGAGUUUGAGGACGAGGACGUUGUCCCUACUCUUCCAAAGCUUCCAUUCUCGCACCCGAAAUACUUCCGUCGCUCUGAGAACAGCUUGCAGGAUGCUUCUUGGGAGGAGACCGACAAUUCCAACUCUCUUGGCGCGUCUUCUUCCAGCUCAGGCACUGACCUUUCCAGCCUUUGCUCCCCUGCCAAUGGCGAGGCCGAAGCGGAGUUUAAUCUGGCAUCCUUCAAGGUCGACUUAGAUCAGUUCAUCCCGGAGCACCUGCGUAACGUCGCUGAGGAGCCGUACACCCCACCGCAUUGGCUUCUUCCCAGCGAGUUUUUUCAAGUUACGACUGUGACCAAACGUACCGAGAUCUGCUAUCGCGUCAAUCCCUGUUUUGCUGGCUUCGCCAAUGGCCCUAAUGGCACCCAGAUCGGCGUCAAUGAAGUGAACGAUGAUGAUUGGGAGUCUCUCCCCGCCCCGGAUUCCACCCUGAACGACAAAGACGGCGGUUGGGACGAGGAUUACUACAACGUCGCUGAUUCUUGGGAUGCUCCUAACAAUGCCGUCGACUCUUGGGAUACCCCUCACAAUGCUGCCGGCUCUUUGGAUAUGCCUAAUAAUGCCGCUGACUCCUGGGACGCACCCAAUAACGCCCCCACUAACAACAACACAAGCAACAGCGCUUCUAAUAACAACAAUGUUUAUGGCGAAAACCACAACUACAAUAGCCGCCGUGGCAACUCUCAUCGUCGGAACAACUCCCACCGUCGUGACGAGUCCAGCAACCAGAAUGUUCCUGCCUUGAUUGCGGACCAGGCUGCAGAGCGGCCUGAGGAGACCAACACACGGCCAUCUGGUAAGUCCCAUACCACUCAGAACUCCGACAACUCUGCCACCAAUGUAGUCACUGGCACUACCGGGACCAAGACCCCCUACAACCGGAACAUGAACCGGGGUGUUGAGACUCGUCACUUCCGUCAUAACCACUACUUUGCCCCCGGCCGUCAGUACAACAACAAUGGCCAUGUCAACAAAAACCAUGGGAACAACGGCAAACAUACUAGUAAGGGCAACCGUUCGGGCAACAAUGGCGAUAGUAACCGCCAUGAUGGCAAUGGCAACCAUCCUGAUAAUAACAAUGGCCAUCGUGCCAACAGCAGCAACAACAACAACCGGUUUGGUAAUCAUCAUCGUAACAACAGCAAUAUUGGCCAAAACUCGUUCCAGCAGGGGGAAAAAUGGCACAACUCCAACCGCCAGUCUAAUGGCAACUCUAACGCCCACUCCAGCAACAACUACUUUUGCAACUCCAACGGCAGCUCUGGCAGCAGGAGAAACAACAGGUGGGAAAAGGAUCCCGCCGGCACCCGCAAGACGGCUCACAUCCUACCCUUCUUUGCCAGCUACCGCGAUCCUGGUUCGAUGGCCAGGCAGUGA